GACCUUUCUGUUGUUCCGUAGUGCGCUUAAGGCGAGUCACAUGACGCGUCACAAAAAUAACAAGGAAGUCGGUGCUUGUUUGGCGCUUUUUCUGUAAAAAUGAGGUUUAUAUCUUUAAUCUUUUACUUUAUUUCCUGCUUAUAUGCGUCGACAGGCGAAAACAAGCCAAUUCAGGCAUUUGUAAUCCCGCACAGUCAUAUGGAUGUGGGCUGGGUGUACACUAUCCAGGAGAGCAUGCACGCCUAUGCAGCCAAUGUUUACACUAGUGUGACUGAGGAGCUGUCAAAAGUGAAACAUCGGAAGUUUAUCGCCGUGGAGCAGGAAUUCUUUCGACUGUGGUGGGAUAAUGUGGCGUCAGAUUCACACAAGAAACAAGUCCGGCAGCUUGUGAAAGAGGGACGACUUGAGUUCAUCCUGGGGGGGCAAGUGAUGCACGAUGAAGCAGUCACUGAUUUAGAUGAUGAGAUCCUGCAGAUGACUGAGGGCCACGGUUUCCUCUAUGACACGUUUGGGGUACGUCCUCAGUUCUCGUGGCACGUGGAUCCGUUCGGAGCCUCCGCCACCACACCAGUGCUCUUCGCCCUGGCUGGCUUCAACGCUCACAUCAUCUCUCGCAUCGACUAUGACCUGAAAGACCGAAUGCAGCAAAACAAGAAAUUACAAUUUAUGUGGAGAGGAUCUUCCUCUUUGAAGGAGCAGAUCUUCACUCACACCAUGGACCAGUUCAGCUACUGUACGCCGUCUCACCUGCCAUUUUCUAACAGCUCUGGUUUCUACUGGAAUGGCGUGGCCUUGUUUCCCGACCCCCCUAAAGAUGGCGUGUACCCCAACAUGAGUUUACCCGUCACCAAGGCAACAGUGCAAGCUUAUGCCAAGACCAUGGUGGAGAACAUCAAGCAGAGGGCUGCCUGGUUUAAGACCAAACAUGUUCUGUGGCCGUGGGGCUGUGACAAACAGUUCUACAACUCCUCAGUGCAAUUCAGCAACAUGGACCCCCUAAUGAACUACAUCAACCAGAAGAGUGAAGAGUUUGGGGUAACAGUCCAGUAUGCCACACUUAGCGAAUACUUCCUGGCCGUCCACCAAUCAGAUCUGGUCUGGGAAGUCCGUGGCAGCCAAGACUUCCUUCCUUAUUCCACAGCAUCCCAGCAGGCGUGGACGGGCUUUUAUGCUUCUAGAAACGUCCUGAAAGGUGUAGCAAGACGAGCUAGCUCCCAACUUCAUGCCGCAGAAACUCUCUUCACACGAUACCGCCUCAACUACCCAGACGGACCCGUGGCGAAAGACUGGGCGCUGUCAAAACUGAGGGCUCUCCGCUGGGCCGUCUCUGAGGUGCAGCACCACGAUGGCAUCACGGGUACCGAGUCUCCCAGAGUGGCGGAGAUGUACUUACGGCAUCUCACACAGGCUAUGAUGGGUGUGGACGAGCUUUUGGCUGCUAUUUUUUUGCUGCCGCACAACCUCGACGUAGACGGGAACAACUACCGCCGCACAAAAGGUGCUCACCAGACAUUGGAGCAGCACAUCAUUGUUUACAACCCGUUAGCAUGGAAUAUCACCACUCUUGUCAACAUCACUGUAACCUUUCCUUUUGCAAGAGUCUUUGAUGAUGCAAGACAAGCCGUGCCUGCACAGAUCCAAAAGUCCGCCUUAUCGAACAGGACCUAUGACCUCUUCAUCCUGGUGGAACUAGGUGGCCUUCAGCACAGGAAGUACUUGAUAAAGUUCUCAGACAAGCCGUGUUCCAAGAGGUCCAAGUGCGGCGCCACAUUUGAAGCCAAGGGGGUACCGUUCGAAAGACGAAGUGUCCGGAAUCGGAAGAAAACAGCCAGGAGGCUUCUUCCGGUUCUGAGUGAAACUUACAAGCUCAUGUUUGACCAGGACACCAAUUUACUGCACAGCAUCACAUACCUGCAGGACAAAAAAAGGAUACGGAUCACGCAGGAUUUUUGGGAGUACCACGCCAACGGUGACGUGCAAACUGGGCCCAUUUCCGAUAACUACAUGUUCAGUGCCAACGGUUCAGCCGUGCGGGCAUACGAGGCCGUGCAAAUGGAGAUCAUCCCCGGUAUCGUGAUGUCCGAGAUCAGACAAUACUUCUACAGAAACGAACGCGAUGAUGACUAUGCCUUCUCUGUCGUCACUCGGGUCCCGCGGUGCUUUGGGGGCAAGGUCGGCUGUCACAGACUGGAGCAGACCUACUCACUGGGCCCCCUUCCCAUUAAUACGGAAGUCGUUUUUAGAACCAGCUCGUCCUUGAAGAGCGAGCGGAGUCUCUACACGGACGAUAACGGCUACCAAAUGAUGAAGAGGACGCACACGGAGUUCACCAACAACACCUUAGCUAGAAACUACUUCCCCAUGGUGCGGACGGCCUACAUUGAGGACGAGGUCAGCAGGCUGGUGCUGCUCAGCGAGCGAGCCCACGGAGUGUCGAGCCAAACUAGUGGACAACUUGAGGUCAUGCUCCACAGACGUCUGUGGAACAACCUGCCCUGGAACCUCGGGUACAACCUGACACUCAACGACAGCUCGGUGGUCCGACCCACGCUAUGGAUGAUGCUGGGCUCCAAGGGCGUGACCUCCAAGCUCUACCAGCGGGCAGCCGUGGAGCUCCAGCACACACCUGUCGUAAUGGUCAUCGACCAACCACGUGAAGAAGAAGAGAAAGGAUUUCUUGAGAAGGAGCCCAGAGGAAGUUCUCCUUCACGUGUCCUGGUGCUGCCCCCCAACCUCCAUUUGCUCAGCCUCAGCAUCCCCGGCUGGAACUACAGCUCCCAUCAUGACGUCCACCUCGGCCACGUCCACUCAGACAAGCGUCGGCAGCCUGAGCCGGACUACGACCGUGUUCUGUUGAGGAUCAUGCACAUCUUUGAGGAGGGUGAAGACCCCGAGCUCUCAAAGCCGGUCACCAUACAUUUACAGGAUGUGCUGCAGGCUGUCGGGGAGGUGUCGGCCGUGGAGGAGCGUUCCCUGACGGGAACCUGGGAUGUAGCCAGCAUGCAGAGGUGGACAUGGAAAACUACAGAAGACGUAUCCUCAAGAAAUGUUCGCUCCAGCAGGAUUGAAAAGGAACCUUUCUCAGUGACCAUCUCGCCCAAACAAAUCAGAACUUUCUUUGUUUACUUCAAAUCCGGACCUCGUCUCCCGUGACAAUGACUCCAUGUAUUUUUAGCAUCAAAUAGUUGAAUGUUUUGCUAAUUUUUGCACAUGUGAUGAUUUUUUUAAGGAUUUUGCACACUGACUGAAUAAAGUUUUUUUUUUUAAGUUGAUUUCUGGCUUCGGUAACAACCCAUCUCUGUGAAACAGGAGCUAAUGAGUAGAGAUCAAUAUAUGAAUUAAAAGCUCAAGACGUUUUUGCAGUUCAUUUGCUGAUUAGUGUGUGAAACUGUAAUUUACAAUAUUUAACUUUUUUUUAUUUAAUAAAUUAGAAAUGUUUCA